UUAGGCUGCUUCAGAUGUGGCGCCAUGGAUCAUUGGGCACGACAAUGCCCCCAUCCGCUGGUAGGAGCACCACACCAUCCUCAGCCUCAACACCAAGCCACCUACUACCCGGCCCCUCACCCAGGUGCUGCCCCAGGGGGACAGUACCAGAUGAGUCCAUGGGGGGGAGAGCACUGACGGGGCCCACUGGGGGACCCUGAUAGCGUGGCCAUGGCAGAACCCAUGCUAUCACUGACUGUGGGGCACCUGAGAUUGCUAUUCCUGAUUGACACAGGAGCCACCUUUUCUGCGAUCAACUCUCAACUUCCACCAGAUAUGAUGAGUAGUAACUAUCUCUCAGUCAGAGGUUUCUCAGGGGACUCAAUGACUCUGCCCAAAACCAAGCCAUUGGUUGUCUAUAAUGGCUCACAGACUGUCAUGCACACAUUUAUCAUUGCAACUCAAGCACCAGUGAAUUUGUGUGGACGAGAUUUGCUGAUGAAAAUGGGGGCUUCCAUUCUGUGCAGCCCCACAGGACUGACUUUAACUUGGCCAAAUGGUCAGGUCACAAGCUGUUAUGGUGAGAACAGCCCAAGCAUGUAUUUAAUAUCUGCCACAAGUGAUGACAUGGUGGAUAUUUAUUGGGGCCUGAUCAAUGAUACAACUACAGGGGCGUUGAAUUUAUUUAUCCAGUGGAGACCAUGGAUAUCUCGGUUGGAACCCUAUGGUCCUCCUCCCGACCCCCCUCAUCUCACCCUCUACUAUGACCCUUCGGCAGAUUUGCCCUAUUAUGAUUUAUUCCAAUCUGAACUGCAAGAUGCAGAGUGGGAAGUUUUUUCUCCGGGUAUAUAUGUUGGGCCUGAGGGUGUGGCAGCUCCAAUUACACUAACACCAGCACAAUCACAGUGGUAUAGAAUGUCUUCCUCAGCGGCGCCACAUAUUUCGUUAGCGCUACAUCCAGGCCAUAUGGCAAAGCAGUUAGGGGGCAUGACCAAAAGGGCAAACGCUGCCACUGAUUGGGUACAGACGCAGAUUCCUGAUGUUUCCUUUUCUGAAGCCACAAAAACAUAUUUCAUAAGGGGUGAGACCCAUAAUCGCAUCACGUUGACACAUGAUUUGUUAACUAGACAUCAUGGUUGUGAGGCAGCUGACCAUAUUGACACCCCUGUCCUUUUGUCACAUCUCCCGGACAGAUUGUGGUCUGAGGGCCCCGAUGACGUAGGGCAAAUACAACAAACUCCAGUCUCAUUUAAUAUGACCUCGACUAGACCAAUCUGGCUUCCCCAAUAUCGCCAUAAACCUGAGGCUAUGGCCUCCUUAGACCAAACUAUUGAUGCACUCCUUAGAGCUGGAGUGCUAGAACCAUGUCAGUCUAGGUGGAACACUCCCAUUUUGCCAGUUCCAAAGAAAGAACCUGGGCACUACAGAAUGGCACAUGAUUUAAGGGCCAUUAAUGCAGCCCUGGCCACCCAAACCAUCCCCGUUCCUAACCCAUAUACCGCACUAUCUGAACUAGACCACAACAAAACUUGGUUCACGUGUGUAGAUCUGGCCAAUGCCUUUUUCUGUGUUCCGGUACAUGAAGCGUGUAGAGACAUUUGUGCGUUUACACAUCGUGGCAGACAGUACCGGUACACACGUUUAUCACAAGGCUUCGCACUUUCACCCGGCCUGUUUAACCAAGCAUUAAAGCAGAGUUUGGAUACUUGUUCUCUCCCUGAAGGUUCCAUUUUAAUUCUGUAUGUGGAUGAUCUCCUGGUUGCUGGAGACACCCAACAGGCUUGUAUUGAGGCUUCAAUAGCAGUAUUGGAGAAAUUGGCUGAGUGCGGAUAUAAAGUCUCGAAGCAAAAAUUGCAAUUUUGUAGGUCAAGAGUCACCUUUCUUGGCAGAGUGGUCACUAAGGGGAGUACAGGUAUGUCCCCUGAGCACCGGUCCUCUAUUUUAAGCCAUCCCAAACCAAUUACGGUCAGAGACAUGUUGGCAUUUUUAGGGCUGGUAGGAUACAGUCGUUCAUACAUACCUGAUUUUACUGGUCGCACCGCACCGCUUCGUGAGAUGAUAAGGACAUUAGGGAUGAGAAAUUUGUCAGGCAUUUUGUCAUGGACACCUGAACUAGAGCAGGCGUUCAUUGAACUAAAACAGGAACUAGCGCAUGCGGCUGACCUUGCUAGACCAGAUUACACCAUUCCAUUCUACCUGGAUGUUUCUGAUACACCCUCAUUGGUAAAUGGGGUGUUGUUUCAGAAAAAGGGGGGAGGUAGACAGGUGUUAAUGUAUCUGAGUAUUCCUCUAGAAUUAGUAGAGAAAAGACAACCAUGUUGCACCAGACAUGUUGCAGGACUAGCCAAAUUAGUACAAAAAACAGCACACAUAGUUGCAGGAUAUCCAUUACAUGUGCUGACCACACACGGAGUGGUAGCAUAUAUAAAUUCUCAGAUCUUCACACUCACUCCCCUCAGGCAAAGACGCAUACAUAAAGUACUGACGGCCCCCAACAUUACUUACACUCAUGAUGGGAUUAACAUGGCAGAUAACAUGUUAGAAGGACCCCCGCACGAGUGUGCGAGAAAGGUAAAAAUAGAAGGGAAAAUAAGACCAGACCUCAAGGGCACGCCAAUAGAAGGGGCACUAAAUUUGUGGACAGAUGGGUGUGGUUAUAGGGGAGAAGGGGGAGAAAUAAAAGCAGGGUUUGCGGUAGUACAAGAAAUGAAUGGGGAAGUAGAUGAUUUUUGUACAGUGAUCUCAAAAGAAGUCAAGAAUUGUCCCUCAGCUCAGAAAGCGGAACUAUUGGCAGUCAUUGCAGCGCUCGAAUUAGCAGAAGGCAGGGCAGUUAACAUCUACACAGAUUCAGCCUAUGCAGUGGGAGCAGCUCACAUUGAAUUACCCCACUGGAAGGAGACAGGUUAUCUCACCAGUGUGGGCAAACCCGUUAAACACAAGGAGGAGUUGUUAGCACUAGAGAAAGCGAUACAACUACCAAAACAGGUUGCCAUCAUAAAGUGCAAGGGACAUCAGAAAGGGGACUCAUUGGUAGAAAGAGGUAAUAAGGCAGUAGAUAAGGCAGCAAAGGAAGCAGCAGGUUAUAAGGAAUCAAGUUUGCAGAUGGUGUUGAAGGAAGGUGAACUAUGGGAACCAAUUCCGACAGGAGAAAAGCUCAGGCAACUGCAGGACCAGGCUAGCCCAGAAGAAAAGACUAUUUGGCUGGAUAAAGGUGGUACAAAGGGUGAGUUAGUCUGGGAAGGUCCCAAUGGACUCCCAAUACUUCCAGCCUCUUUGGCAAAAGCAGUGCUGGGAGAAGCUCACGGGUUGGCACAUGUAGGAAAGGUACAGAUGAAGGAAAACCUGAAAGGAUGGUGGCACCCAUUUCUAUCUGCCAUGAUAGCCACACAUGUAAAAGAAUGUCAAGUAUGUAAUGUAAAUAAUGUGGGUAAAACUUGCAAACCAGGGGUAGGAAAAUUCCCUAAGCCCAAUGGCCCAGGGGAACAUAUUCAGAUAGAUUACACAGAUAUGAUUCAGACAGUCAGGAAGUACAGGUAUCUGUUGAUGUUUGUGGAUGUAUUUUCGGGUUGGGUGGAAGCGUUCCCCACUAUGAGGGAAGACAGCAAAUCAGUCUGUAAAAUGUUGAUCAAUCACUGGAUUCCCCAACACGGGUUUCCCAAAAGAAUACACUCAGAUAAUGGUACUCACUUCACAAGUAACGCCUUGGCAUGGGUAGAGCAAGUACUAGGCCUGAAACAUGCGUACGGAUCAGUGUACCAUCCACAGUCUCAAGGGAAGGUGGAGCGCAUGAACCAAACACUGAAAUCAAAAUUGAACAAAGUUGUAUAUUCUACAGGGCAAAAUUGGCUGGAUGCCCUACCAAUUGUAUUAAUUAGCAUCAGAAGCUCUGUAAACAGAGCUACAGGGUUCACGCCCUUUGAACUGAUGACAGGUAGAUCUUUUCCGGGGCCCCAUACUGCGCUAGCGUGUAAAGACAUACAAUACAAAUCUCACCAAGCCUACUUUAAUGAGCUGAAAGCAUUGUGUCAAGCUUACUCUGUGCAGGUCCGCUCCAAGGGGGAACCAGAAAUUGACGCCCCUCCGGAGGUAGCACUAGCUGAGUGGGUUUAUCUGAAAGUUAUCAAGCGGAAGUGGUGUGAGCCCAGGUGGACAGGACCCUACAGAGUGGUCGAGCGAACGUCUCACGCCGUUCGGCUUAGUGGCAAAGGACCUGCUUGGUACCAUCUCUCCCAGUGCAGACCAGCGCACCUACCGAAGGCAGAAAAGGAGUCCCCAUCCAACGGGGCAGAAUAAUCCCCGGGGACAGAGGCACAACAGGGAAAGUCUACCCUGCCUCCAGCGCAGAAGGGCCAACAUCUGGCGAAGAGCACCUUUACACAUAUACAUAUAGUUAAUUAUUGUUCGUUAGCUUUUGGGGUAACAUGUGGUUCCUCGGAAAUGACAGAACACAGGGGUUUAGGAGACUCUCCUUAGAAGACAGAAAGGGACUUGAAGAAAAGGAGAAAUGUGUUUUAUAUGCGGGCAUGAUUAUUUUAUGUAUGUUUGGUAUUUUUAUGCUCUGUUUUGCAAGCUUCGCUCAGAUCACCUUGCAUGACAGCUCCUCCCUCCCCAAUACUACAAAUGAUAAUAUCACUCAGAUAACACAGUAUCUUAACAUGAACACCUCCGUUAACCCCGACCAUGUUACAGCACCACCGGACAUAGUUAAAAUCAGAAGUAGACGAUCAACUACAAACAAAGACCAUUGUAUUAGUAAAUACGGGGGAAUAGAAUUAGACUACACCCUAGGCAGCUCCACAGCAUGGACCUUUGAUUUGUGUGACGUCAUUAACUGCGCAGGUCAGAACUCAACAUAUAGAGGUUAUGACGUAUAUCUUUGCUGGGAUCUGCAGGUCACGACUAAGUGUGGGUUUGGUUGGGGCUGGGAUGAUAGGUGGUGUAGGUAUUGGCACUCAGUGAUAAAAUAUACGGGUAGAUGGCAACCCACCUUAGCUGCAAGAGAUGCUUACACUCAUAAGACAGAUUGGGAACAUAUGUCAUUUCAACGAGACUUUAGUAGGACUCAAAAUCCAUUGACCUUAUCUAUUAAAUGGGAGAAAUCGAUUAUGGAUGCGCAUCGGGGUAGGACUGGUCGUUCUCCAUACCUCAUAUUAGGAGUAGAU